AUGGGACUAGAAAUAAGAGACAUUGAAAAUACUUUACUCGAUCGAAAUUCUUAUACAAUGCGUAGUUCAGUAUCACAUAAACCUUUACCUUCAUCUCAAUCUUAUAUGAAACAUGUUAGUUUAAUUUUUUUAACUUUACAAAAUGUUACUAGUAUAUUAUUAUUACGUUAUGUACGUACAACACCAGGACCACGCUUUAUAAAUUCAACAGCUGUACUUAAUUCUGAAAUUCAAAAAACAAUAUUUAGUAUUUUAUUAUUGAUUUAUGAGCAAAGAAGUGUUAUUAAAAGUUUUAAAUUAAUAUACAAUAAAAUCAUACGUCAAUCAAAAGAUACAUUUAAAACUGGCAUACCGGCAUUACUUUAUACAUUACAAAAUAAUCUUCUUUUUGUUUCAAUUUCGAAUUUAGAUGCAGCUACAUUUCAAGUCAGCUUUCAAUUAAAAAUUUUCACUACAGCUAUUUUUACGGUGUUAAUACUUCGUCGUCCAUUAAAUCUUGUUCAAUGGCUUGCAUUAUUUCUUCUUUUUCUUGGUAUUUCUCUAGUACAAAUCGAGAAUAUGACAUCAACAACAUCAAAGCACGAUGUUAAUGCUGUAUUAGGAUUAAUUUCUGUUGUUAGCGCUUGCACAUUAAGUGGCUUAGCCGGUGUAUAUUUUGAAAAGAUUCUCAAAGAAGGUAGUGACGUAUCAGUUUGGAUACGUAAUAUUCAAUUAGGUAUAUUUGGUAUGCUAUUUGGUUUUCUAACCGUAUAUAUAUCCGAUGGAACACAAAUGAAAACAAAAGGCUUUUUAUUUGGUUAUACAGAUAUAGUAUGGAUAGCAAUAACAGUUCAAUCAGCAGGUGGACUUCUUGUUGCAUUAGUUGUUAAAUAUGCUGAUAAUAUAUUGAAAGGUUUUGCAACAUCAUCAGCUAUUAUAAUAUCAUGUAUUAUUAGUAUAGGACUUUUUGAUUUUCAACUAACAUUUUUAUUCACUAUUGGUACAAUAUGUGUUAUAUUCUCAAUAUUUCUUUAUUCAAAACCAGAGUUAAUUACAUAUAUACCACUAUUUAAUAUUAUUUUCAAAGACAUAUCAGUUUUAUUUUAA